AUGCGCUGUAUCACUCGUCCUGGAUUUCAAUCCUCAAUCAGACCUCGAACCCUGACGUCGAAUCAAUACCUGAUCCUCCGCAGAGACUUUGCAAUCAAACAACACACGACGAGCAAUGUCCACAAUGCACCCAUCAAGGCGAAACGCAGCUCAAUCCGAGGCUUUGCAACCGGUCUCUUCUUCUUUGGAACUGGCUGGUUCUUGAACUCGCACUUCAAUAUCUUGUCCUUCUCAUCGCCAGAGUCUCUCAACGACUUGACCUUUACGCCAUUCGCCUUGACCAACAAAGAGACCGUCUCGUCCACCAGCGCCAUCUUUACCCUCUCACAAUCGCACAUCCCGUUCGGUACGUUCGAUCAAUGGUGGAAGAAGGGAGUCUGGAGUAUCGACAUCAAACAGCCACAACUCCAGAUUGCAAGAGCAUAUACUCCUCUACCGCCGCUUGAUGCCUCGGACUCGGAUGUUCUGCGUCUGUUGGUCCGGAAAGAGAGAAGAGGCGAGGUUUCAGGAUACCUACACAGACGACCCCAAGGCGCUGAUGUCGAAAUAAGAGGUCCGGCCAUCGAAUACGAGUUGCCAGAAAAUGUUGACCAAAUCGUCUUCUUGGCUGGAGGUACUGGUGUCGCGCCAGCCAUCCAGGUAGCAUACGCUCUUGGUGACAAGGUUCGUAUCUCAGUACUGUGGGCAAACAGAUCAAGAGAAGACUGUGUCGGAGGUCAAAGUGAUGAUCCAUACACACCAGGCUGGUACGCUAGCUUGAAGGACUUCUUCGCCAACACUCCACAACCUCGUGACGCGUCCGGCAGCGACAAGAGCUUGAUCGUAAAACAACUGGAUUCGCUCAAGCAGGCGAACAAGGCGCUUACCGUUGACUACUUUGUCGACGAGGAAAACACAUACAUCCAGCCACAGAUCGUGCGCAAGGCAGUCGCUCAAACCUCAAACGAACCUGCCAGUGUCAGUAAGGGCAAGAAAAUCAUCCUCGUUUCUGGACCUGAAGGCUUCAUCAAUCAUUGGGCUGGCCCCAAGCAAUGGCUGAAUGGACGAGAAGUUCAAGGUCCUCUGGGCGGCGCACUUUCACACAUGGAUCUCAAGGACUGGCAAGUCGUCAAGCUGUAA